GGUGGUUAACUGUUUCAGAAAUACUCUAAUACUACUACUACUACCUAUCAGCUAGCUACUUGUAUGUAUGUAUGUACGUACGUACGUAAGGAAUAGGAGGCUCCGGAAAUUCAACAGUUUUGCCUGAUUUUCUCCCCUAGCUCGCUCGCAGUAGCCGCAUACCCAAUCAAUCCCUCAAUGGAGGGAGGCUUGGCUUCAAACAAUUCCAAUGAAACCCGUUCAAACAACCGCCGCGCCGCAUUCAAUCAUAAUCCUCCGCUUCCCAGCAGCAGGCUUGAAGCACAAUCGCCAUUCCUCCUCCUCCUCCUCCUCCAUCGGAUUCCCGCGGUGCCGAAAAUGGGCGAUGCGGUGGUUUAGGUGUGGCCGAUCCGAGGCGGAGGGUGUCGAGAUUUGUGGAGUCUGAGGCACAAUGUGGUCGUUCGUUCGGGGAAGAAAUCGCUAGGCGACGGCUUCGAUUUCUUCCUUCUGGGUGUGUGGGCGGGCCACCCCACUGCUGUCGAGAUCUUGCCAUGGAGAGAGAGGCGGCGAUUGUUUGUGAGCGCGGGAGUAAAUUCCGCGUGAGAAGAGCCGGGAAAUUACUGCGUACUACUGUUUAAGAGCGUUUUGGUUUGGUUUGUUUGUUUUAAGUUUCUUUUUAUUAUUUUUUUAAGUAAGUGAUAAUAUAAAAAAUAAUAAUUAUAUUAAAUAUUAAUUUCGGUGAAAAUAUAUAUUGAAAUUUGUCUCUUAACCCGGCCCGCAGUCCAAACUUUUUUUUAACUCGGCGGGUAAAAAUACUACAAUAUACUGGUAAUAUAUAAUAAUACUAUAUGAAGGAUCGUUUAGAUCCAAAGGUAUAUAUAUAAAAAUGAGAAAAGCCAUAAUGCCAGCGGCGCAUGUUAGCAUUUUCAGGUAACGGACGUUCCUCCAUAUUCGCACAAAUGCCAUGGUCAGCUUCCAGCCCAUCCUUCCAUCUCUGCACCCCACCCGCGCGCCAGAUUGGAUUUGUUCAUCUUCAUGAAGAAACAGAGCCUUCUCUUCUCUGGAAGAACACGAUUUGAUUUUACAUCUGAACCAGCUGCGUCACUUUUUACUUUUUUCUGACUCGUUUUCGUCAGGAGGAAAAUUGUUUGUUUUCGCUCGGCAAUGGCGAUCGCCGCAGUGGUGGUUCUCCCUAUAGGCCUCCUAUUCCUUCUGUCAGGCAUCGUCGUGAACCUCAUUCAGGCAAUAUUCUAUGUGCUUGUUCGGCCAUUAUCGAAAAAUGCUUACAGAAGGAUCAACAAACGAAUUAUAGAACUACUGUGGCUUGAGCUCGUCUGGCUUGUCGACUGGUGGGCAAACAUUAAGGUUGAGCUAUUUGUGAAUCAAGAAACUUUUGAAAUGUUGGGUAAAGAGCAUGCACUUCUAAUAUGUAACCACAGAAGCGAUAUUGACUGGCUUGUAGGAUGGGUUUUAGCUCAGCGUUCAGGUUGUCUCGGAAGCUCGCUAGCAUUAAUAAAAAGAUCGGUGUUAUUCCUUCCUGUUAUAGGCUGGUCCAUGUGGUUUUCUGGUUAUAUAUUUUUGAAAAGAAGUUGGGCUAAAGAUGAAAACACACUGAAGACAGGACUUGAGGGGCUUCAUGAUUUUCCCAUGCCUUUCUGGUUGGCUCUCUUCGUCGAAGGUACUCGCUUUACGAAGGAGAAGCUUGAGGCCGCACAAGAGUAUGCUGCUUCGGCCGGAUUGCCUAUUCCAAGAAACGUCCUGAUCCCUCGAACUAAGGGCUUUGUUGCAGCAGUCACUCAUCUACGACCAUUUGUCCCUGUGAUUUAUAACAUUACAGUUGCGAUCCCGAAAGAUGAACCUCAGCCAACACUGCUGAGGAUCUUCAGGGCACGCCCUUCCAGGGUACAUGUACACAUCCAGCGCCACCUAAUGCGAGAACUGCCCGAAACUGGCAGUGGGAUCGCGCAGUGGUGCAAAGACAUGUUUGUGGCGAAGGAUGCACUGUUGGAGCGCCAUCUCGACACAGACACGUUUGGAGAUGAUAUUUGCCGCGACAUUGGCAGGCCAAGAAAGUCACUGCUGGUUGUUCUAUUCUGGUCAUUGCUCCUAACUCUGGCUAUCGUCGAGUUCUUCCGAUGCUUCCCAUUCUCGAAGAUGGAACUUGUGUUGUGCCUCGUGUUCUUGGCCGUAGUUAUAGCCAUUAUGCAGAUACUCAUCACGUCAACUCAGUCGGAACGCUCCACGCCACCGCCGCCCCGUCCGGCGGUGGAGCAGUCGGAUCAGCUCACGGAAGGGCUCCUCCAAAGCAAGGCCACUGUAUGAUGAUAUCUUCUUGUUUACCUGUACCUGUACGUGUAUCUAUCUAUCCUAAGUUUCUUUCCUUUUCUUUUCAUUUUUUUUAAUAGGAAAGAGUGGUUUUGUUGGGAUUAUAAGAAUGCAAAAUAUAUUUAUUUAUUUAUUACAAAACUUUUCAGGGACUUUUUUAGAUUAAGAUGGUUCUUAGGAUGUGAAGAAAAAUGUACAGAUUUGUAGGGCUAUUUACCUGAGUUCUUAUUUUGCUUUGGUGCUUUUGAGUUUUAAAGUUCAGUUAAAAAAUAAUUAUACUAUUUUUACAUGUCGGAUAAAUACAAUCUUUAAAACUUAAGUGUACAAUUUAAGAAUAUUUUAUUAUUGUUGAUUAAUCAUGUUAUUUAGAAAACUAAGAUAAAAGAAAUUUGCAAUUGUUAUUUAGAAAAGAAAAGACUUAAUACAAAAUGAUAUGUAAUUGUGUUUAGAUUGGGUGCCCAACUGCCUCAACAUCAAAAUAAAUCACAAAAUGUCAAAUUGGGAUG